AUGACAGUGGAUCCUCGCCAGCAACGUGUACCCCGUCCCCGUUCCUUUUUCCUGCUCGCGAUAGUGAACAGUGAGCGCUUUAUUGCCAGUUUUCGAGGCACCGUCCCGUAUGGCCUGUCGCUGGAAAUUGGAGACACCGUUCAGAUCCUGGAGAAGUGUGAUGGCUGGUACAGAGGAUUUGCCUUAAAAAACCCAAAUAUCAAGGGUAUCUUUCCUUCCAGCUACGUUCACUUGAAAAACGCCUUUGUCAAGAACAAAGGACAGUUUGAAAUGGUGAUUCCUACCGAAGACUCGGUCAUCACAGAGAUGACAUCGACGCUGAGGGACUGGGGCACCAUGUGGAAACAGCUCUAUGUGAGAAACGAAGGCGACCUCUUCCACCGGCUGUGGCACAUCAUGAAUGAGAUCCUGGACUUGCGGCGCCAGGUCCUGGUGGGCCACCUGACCCACGACCGGAUGAAGGACGUCAAACGCCACAUCACUGCCCGGCUCGACUGGGGCAACGAACAGCUGGGCCUGGACCUGGUGCCCAGGAAAGAGUACGCGAUGGUGGACCCCGAGGACAUCAGCAUCACCGAGCUCUACCGCCUGAUGGAGCACCGACAUCGGAAGAAAGACGCCCCAGUGCAGGCCAGCAGCCACCACCUCUUUGUGCAGAUGAAGAGCCUCAUGUGUUCCAACCUGGGGGAGGAGCUCGAGGUCAUCUUCUCGCUCUUCGACAGCAAGGAGAAUCGGCCCAUCAGUGAGAGAUUCUUCUUGAGGCUCAACAGGAACGGGCUCCCCAAAGCCCCCGACAAGCCGGAACGCCACUGCUCUCUCUUCGUGGACCUGGGCAGCAGCGAGCUCCGCAGGGACAUGUACAUCACGGUGCAUAUCAUCCGCAUCGGUCGCAUGGGGGCCGGAGAGAAAAAGAAUGCCUGCAGCGUCCAGUACCGGCGACCCUUCGGCUGCGCGGUCCUUAGCAUCGCCGACCUGCUGACCGGGGAGACCAAGGAUGACCUCGUCCUGAAAGUGUACAUGUGUAACACAGAGAGCGAAUGGUACCAAAUACAUGAGAACAUCAUCAAGAAGCUCAACGCCCGUUACAAUCUGACCGGCUCCAAUGCGGGCUUAGCUGUGUCCCUGCAGCUGCUGCACGGGGACAUCGAGCAGAUCCGAAGGGAGUACUCGUCCGUGUUUUCUCACGGCGUGUCCAUCACGAGGAAGCUGGGCUUUUCUAACAUCAUCAUGCCUGGUGAAAUGAGGAACGAUUUAUACAUCACCGUAGAGAGGGGAGAGUUUGAGAAGGGAGGCAAGAGCGUGGCCAGAAACGUGGAAGUCACAAUGUUCAUCGUGGAGAGCAGCGGGCAGACCUUGAAGGACUUCAUCUCCUUCGGCUCGGGCGAGCCCCUGGCCAGCGAGUACCACUCCUUCGUGCUUUACCACAACAACAGCCCCCGCUGGGCGGAGCUGCUGAAGCUCCCCAUUCCCGUGGACAAGUUCAGGGGCGCGCACAUCCGCUUCGAGUUCCGGCAUUGUUCCACGAAGGAGAAAGGCGAGAAGAAGCUGUUUGGUUUCUCUUUCGUCCCCCUGAUGCAGGAGGAUGGCAGGACUCUCCCAGAUGGCACCCACGAGCUCAUUGUGCACAAGUGUGAAGAAAACGCUAACCUUCAGGAUCCUACCCGCUACCUCAAGCUCCCCUUUUCCAAGGGCGUUCUCCUGGGAAAUAGCAAUCAGGCCCCGAGGACCACGAAGGAGUCUUUCUGGAUAACAUCCUUUCUCUGCUCCACGAAGCUCACGCAGAACGGUGACAUGCUUGACCUUCUGAAAUGGAGAACCCACCCGGACAAGAUCACAGGCUGUCUCUCCAAAUUAAAAGACAUCGACGGCUCCGAGAUCGUCAAGUUUCUGCAAGACACACUGGACACCUUAUUCGGGAUUUUAGACGAAAAUUCUCAAAAAUACGGGUCGAAAGUGUUUGACUCUUUGGUUCACAUAAUAAAUUUGCUUCAAGACAGCAAGUUUCACCAUUUCAAGCCCGUGAUGGACACGUACAUCGAGAGUCAUUUUGCGGGGGCGCUGGCAUACAGGGACCUCAUCAAAGUGCUCAAGUGGUACGUGGACAGGAUCACGGAGGCGGAGCGGCAGGAGCACAUCCAGGAGGUGCUGAAGGCGCAGGAGUAUAUCUUCAAGUACAUCGUGCAGUCCCGGAGGCUGUUCUCGCUGGCCACGGGCGGGCAGAAGGAAGACGAGUUCCGCUGCUGCAUCCGGGAGCUGCUCCUGUCUGUCCGCUUCUUCCUGUCGCAGGAGAGCAAGGGCUCCGGGCCCUUGUCCCAGUCGCAGGCUGUGUUCCUGAGCUCCUUCCCGGCCGUGUACUCGGAGCUGUUGAAGCUCUUUGACAUCCGGGAAGUGGCCAACCUGGUGCAGGACACGCUGGGCAGCCUGCCCACCAUAGUGCACGUGGACGACACGCUGCAGGCGGUGAAGCUGCAGUGCAUCGGCAAGACGGUGGAGAGCCAGCUCUACACCAACCCAGACUCCAGGUACAUCCUGCUGCCCGUGGUCCUGCACCACCUGCACAUGCACCUGCAGGAGCAGAAGGACCUGAUCAUGUGCGCGCGCAUCCUCAGCAACGUGUUCUGCCUCAUCAAGAAGAACAGCUCGGAGAAGUCCGUGCUUGAGGAGAUAGAUGUGAUAGUGACCAGCCUGCUGGACAUCCUGCUGAGGACCAUCCUGGAGAUCACCAGCCGCCCGCAGCCGUCGGGCUCCGCCACCCGGCUGCAGUUUCAGGAAGUCACUGGGGAGUUUGUUGCGUGUCUCCUGUCGCUGUUACGACAAAUGACGGACAGACAUUAUCAGCAGCUUCUCGACAGUUUCAAUACGAAGGAAGGGCUAAGGGACUUCCUGCUGCAGAUAUUCACCGUGUUUCGAAUACUGAUUCGCCCGGAGAUGUUCCCGAAGGACUGGACGGUCAUGCGGCUGGUGGCUAACAAUGUUAUCAUCACGACGGUUCUCUACCUGUCAGACGCGCUUCGGAAGAACUUCUUAAAUGAAAACUUCGACUACAAGAUCUGGGAUUCCUACUUUUACCUCGCGGUCAUUUUCAUAAACCAGCUGUGCCUGCAGCUGGAGAUGUUCACGCCUUCCAAAAAGAAAAAGGUAUUAGAAAAGUACGGUGACAUGCGGGUAACAAUGGGCUGUGAAAUUUUCAGCAUGUGGCAAAACCUCGGUGAGCACAAGCUCCGUUUCAUCCCUGCCCUGAUCGGCCCCUUCCUGGAGGUGACCUUGAUUCCACAGCCCGACCUGCGGAACGUCAUGAUCCCGAUUUUCCACGACAUGAUGGACUGGGAGCAGAGGCGCAGCGGCAACUUCAAGCAGGUGGAGGCCAAGCUCAUUGACAAAUUGGACAGCCUGAUGUCAGAAGGCAAAGGCGACGAGACCUACCGCGAGCUCUUCAACAGUAUCCUGCUGAAGAAAAUCGAGCGGGAAACAUGGAGGGAGAGCGGGGUCUCCCUCAUCGCCACCGUGACGCGGCUGAUGGAGCGGCUGUUGGAUUACAGGGACUGCAUGAAGAUGGGCGAGGUGGACGGCAAGAAGAUCGGCUGCACAGUUAGCCUUCUGAAUUUCUAUAAAACUGAGCUGAAUAAAGAAGAGAUGUACAUACGCUACAUUCACAAACUCUACGACCUGCAUCUCAAGGCCCAGAACUUCACAGAGGCCGCGUACACGCUGCUUCUGUACGACGAGCUGCUGGAGUGGUCGGACCGGCCUCUGCGCGAGUUCCUGAGCUACCCCACGCAGACCGAGUGGCAGCGGAAGGAGCUCCUGCACCUCGCCGUGAUCCAGAACUUCGACCGCGGCAAGUGCUGGGAGAAUGGCAUCAUCCUGUGCCGGAAGAUCGCGGAGCAGUACGAGAGCUACUACGACUACAGGAACCUGAGCAAGAUGAGGAUGAUGGAGGCCUCUCUGUACGACAAAAUCAUGGACCAGCAGCGCCUGGAACCGGAGUUCUUCAGAGUUGGGUUUUACGGGAAGAAAUUCCCAUUUUUCUUACGAAACAAGGAGUUUGUGUGCCGGGGACAUGACUACGAGCGGCUGGAGGCCUUCCAGCAGAGGAUGCUGAGCGAGUUCCCGCACGCGAUCGCCAUGCAGCACGCCAACCAGCCCGACGAGACCAUCUUCCAGGCUGAGGCGCAGUACCUGCAGAUCUACGCGGUGACCCCCAUCCCCGAGAGCCAGGAGGUGCUGCAGCGGGAGGGCGUCCCGGACAACAUCAAGAGCUUCUAUAAAGUGAACCACAUCUGGAAGUUCCGCUACGACCGGCCGUUUCACAAGGGCCCCAAGGACAAGGAGAACGAAUUUAAGAGUCUCUGGGUGGAGAGGACCUCGCUGUUCCUGGUGCAGAGUUUGCCCGGCAUCUCCCGCUGGUUCGAGGUGGACAGGCGCGAGGUGGUAGAGAUGAGCCCCCUGGAGAACGCCAUCGAGGUCCUCGAGAACAAGAACCAGCAGCUGAAGACCCUCAUCGGCCAGUGCCAGAGCCGGCAGAUGCAGAACAUCAACCCCCUGACCAUGUGCCUGAACGGGGUCAUCGACGCCGCCGUGAACGGCGGGGUCUCCCGGUACCAAGAGGCCUUCUUUGUCAAAGAAUACACCCUGAGCCACCCGGAAGAUGGGGAGAAAAUCUCGCGGCUGCGGGAGCUGAUGCUAGAGCAGGCGCAGAUCCUGGAGUUCGGCCUGGCCGUGCACGAGAAGUUUGUCCCCCAGGAUAUGAGGCCCCUUCACAAGAAGCUGGUGGACCAGUUCUUCGUGAUGAAGUCGAGCCUGGGGAUACAGGACUUCUCUGCCUGUCUCCAAGCCAGCCCCGUCCACUUUCCUAACGGGAGCCCUCGCGUGUGCAGGAACUCGGCUCCUGCCUCUAUGAGCCCGGAUGGCCCCCGGGUCGUUCCCAGGCGAAGCCCGCUGAGCUACCCGGCCGUGAACCGCUACUCCUCGUCGUCACUGUCCUCGCAGGCCUCGGCGGAAGUGAGCAACAUCACGGGGCAGUCGGAGAGCUCGGACGAGGUCUUCAACAUGCAGCCAAGCCCGUCUACCUCAAGCUUGAGUUCCACCCACUCUGCGUCGCCCAACGUGACGAGUUCCGCUCCCUCGAGCGCCAGAGCGUCUCCUUUGUUGUCCGACAAACACAAACAUUCCAGAGAGAACUCCUGCCUGUCCCCAAGGGAGAGACCCUGCAGUGCCAUCUACCCGACCCCUGGGGAACCUUCUCAGAGGCUGCUGUUCAAUCACAUUGGGGACGGGGCCCUGCCGCGCAGUGACCCAAACCUGUCUGCACCCGAGAAAGCUGUGAACCCCACCCCUAGCAGCUGGAGCCUGGACAGUGGCAAGGAAGCCAAGAGCAUGUCGGAUAGCGGGAAACUGCUGUCCCCCCCUGUCCCUCCGAGACCCACACAGACCGCUUCGCCUGCAAGACACACGACAUCGGUAUCCCCCUCGCCUGCCGGGCGGUCUCCGCUGAAGGUAGGGGCUCUUAUUUAACUGGGGCCGCAGACGG